GUUUUGCGCCACCCGGCACUUCGCGCCCAGGGCUUUGGUGACGUCAUGUCCCUGCGCCUCGUGGACGCCCGCCGGCGAAAGAGCGAAUAGCUCAACCGCCCUUCGCCUCCUUUUGUUGAACUGCCGCUCCUUGCGAAUCAUGGCGCCAUCGCUGUGGAAAGGGCUUGUCGGCGUCGGCCUCUUUGCCCUAGCCCACGCUGCCUUUUCAGCUGCUCAGCAUCGUUCUUAUAUGCGACUAACAGAAAAGGAAGAUGAAUCACUACCGAUAGAUAUAGUUCUUCAGACACUUCUGGCCUUUGCAGUUACCUGUUAUGGCAUAGUUCAUAUCGCAGGGGAGUUCAAAGACAUGGAUGCCACUUCAGAAUUAAAGAAUAAGACAUUUGAUACUUUAAGGAAUCAUCCAUCUUUUUAUGUGUUUAAUCAUCGUGGCCGAGUGCUAUUCCGGCCUUUGGAUGCAACAAAUUCAUCAAACCUCGAUGCAUUGUCCUCUAACACAUCAUUGAAGUUAAGAAAGUUUGACUCACUGCGCCGUUAAGCUUUUUACAAAUUAAAUAACAGGACAGACACAGAAUUGAGUAUUGGAGUUUGGGGUGUAAAACUUCCCCCAACAUCAGUAUUUAUAUUGCUAUUUCAGAGCUAAUAAAAAUAAUCUGUGGCCCUUGUUUGUACAUUGUUGAAAUCAAAUGGUGUAUAAGUUAUCUGUGAAAUGAGUCUUUGAGGUUUCGUAUAGCGGUUUUUUGUUCAUUUAAAACAAUUCCCAUGUUUUGUAAAAGUCACUGUUUCGAGCACAUUUCCCAGAAAAAUGUUGGGAUUUUUGUGAUUAUUUAUUUUUGUAGAUUUCUUUUUGCACUACAGGUUUUAGGAAUCCUGAAAAAACCAUUUAACACCUGCAUUUUGCAGCACAAGAGUCAAAUGGUCUUUAGUUCUUAUUAGACCAACUUCUUUAAGAAGACCAAAAUGAUGAUUUUGCAGUUUUUCUUAGGUCCCCUAAAAAGUGACUCUGCUUUUAUGGAUACUUGCCAAUUUAUGAAUGUUUUUUUCUCCAGACCUCAUUCUCAGAUACCUUCUAAUAUCAGCUGACUUGUUUGAUCACUAUGAGAUUCUGUGUGCAGUGAGCAAGUUUUGUGUCAGAGAAAUUCUGUCAUAACAUAUAUUUAACAACUUCAUCUUGCUGUGUGUAAAACUACUCAUGUUUUUUGUUGUUAAACUUUCACUGAUUAUAUAAUGAAAGACUAGUUGAAAGUAGACCAAAAAGAUAAUUUCUGACUUCAUUAUCUUGCCUAUGUAGAAUAGUAUGAGGAAAACUGAUUGCCAUUAACCAGUUUUGUUCAUUCAAAGUCUUUUGGCUUAUUUAUUUCAUACUAAACUAGCAAAUUAGUGAAAAUAAAGGAAAUGUCUCAUGUAAUCUAAAGGCAUAUGCAAAGAAAUUGGGCCAAAUAUGUUCUAAAUAUUUGGAGCUAGUCUAUUUUAGUUCUCUCAGAAAGUUAAGGUCAUUUAAGAAGUUGCUUUGUAGCUUCUGAUUGAGAGCUGGCUUGGCAUUUUCCAUCUUCACUACAGUGCUAAAGGUGAGCAUAAGGACAUAGCAUUGAAUGUUUUUCAGAAACAGUAAUCUUAACUCUUAGGAAAAUUGGAAUAGCUUUUUCAGCUAGGAAACUAAUAAGUUCAACAUUACUUUGUAGAGCUUAUUGCUUUCUACAAGCAUCAACAUAUGAAUUUUGUUAAAUUAUAUAGGUGUAAAGGGAAUAACUGCGGAUUUCGUUUGUUCAUUUGUUUGUGUGUGUGUGUGUGUGUGUGUUGUUGUUGUUGUUGUUGUUGUUGUUUGUUUCAAGCAGGGUCUUGAUAUCCAGAUACUCCUACACUUGCUGGCAUAUUUUUUCAUUAGCAAUGAACCUCAGCCUUUCUACCCAGUGAGGCAUAGCCUCAAAGGACAAGAUUAUUGUCAUCGAUUUGCUCUUGUUGUUUUUGUUUUUUGUCUGUAAAGAAGAUUUCACAUAACCCUGAGCUAGCCUCAACCUCACUAUGUAGCCAAGGAUGGUCUUCAUGCCUCCACCUCCUAAGUGCUAAGAUUAUAGGUGCUGCCACUAUACCUGGUUUUCUGCUUCCUGGGAAUUGAACCCAGAGCCUUAUGCAUGCUAAGCAAGCACUCUAGAAACUGAGCUACAUCCCAGCCCCUUGGCAUGAGAUUGUGACUCUCGUUUGGCUAAGUCUAUGUAGCACUGACUCUAUUCAGAAAUUUCUACUCAGAAAUCUACUGAUUGCCUACAAUAAUUUAGAAACAGUCUAAAAAUGUGAAGUCAAGCCAGGUGUGGUGGCAUGUGCAUGUAAUCCUAGCACUUAGGAGGCUGAAGCAGGAUCACAAGUUUGGGGCAAAUCUGGGCUAUCUUAGUGAAUUACUGUCUUAACCCCGAAACCCACCCCCCCAAUAAAAGUGAAUCCGAGAACUAACAUGAUGAUAGUGAAAUCAAAACGGCAUGCAAGAAGCAUGCUGUAGGCCAGGCUUUCUACCAUUCUUCUUGACUAUUACUUGUUUUCUUCCCUUGGGGGAUUGUCUUCCCUUCUUAAUGUGUUUUCAUAACAAUGCUACUGAGAAUUCAUCUACACGCUUUGUAAUUUCAUUCUUUUAAAGGGUAGAGCUGCCUGAUGCGGCUCACACCUGUAAUCCUAACCCUCAGGAGGCCAAGGCAGGAAAGUUGUCACACAAAUUCAAAGCCAGAUUGAGAUACACACUGAGACCUUAUCUUUAAAGAAAUUAUACCAAUUUGAAAGGGUACAAUUAAGUAACAUUUAAUAUACUCACAAAAUUGUUCAACUACAUGAUAAAUCCAGGCCAUUUUACUACCCCCAAAGAAGCCCUGUACUCUAUAGUAGUCAUCUCUGAUUUCCUCCCAGUGUGUCUCACCUAGGUCCUGGAGAACCAAUAGUCUAUAUUUGUAUAAUCUGAUCACUCACUGAAAAUGAAUUAAUGCAAUAGUUAGUCUUUGCAAACAGUUUCCUAAAUAUGGCUUCCUAUGUGGAGUGAACACUCAUCUUGAGAACCCAGAACUCAAUACAGUGUGAGGAGGUGGUUGAGGGGCUGGUGAUUGAGAACUUGUCUAACAGGUUCAUCUUUAGUAUCACAGAAAAAAACAGUAGUUGAUAAAUUAAUGGAUUUAAAGAGGGAAAGCCAAUACCUGACAGACUCUUUGGUUAAUCUUCUUACAUAAACUAGUUUUCCUUCUAGCCAAACAUCCAUUCUAUACUACUGCUUCUAAUAUUUAUUUAGUUUGUACAAUGGGUAUUAAAAAUAUAUUCUUGUCUACCCAGCCAAGAAAAUCCUGCUAAAAAUAAUGCUAAAUUUUUGGCAAAUAAUUGACAUAGUAAAUUUUAAAUGUGUCUACCUUGAUGGACAGCUUGUAUACCUCAGACCAGGUAAACAGCCCAUUUUUUUUAAUUGACUUCAUUGAAUUUCUGCUAUCUUCUUGAAAUACGGUACUAUAAAACUAAAUAAGAUUUGGGUGCAUUGUAACAGUGCUAAGUGCGUUCAGUACAGAAAUUUAUUUACUGUGUGAUAGUCCAUUACUGCCUAGGGUAGUUUAAAAACAGCAAUGUGAGCUAGUGCUAGGUAAGCCUAUACUUAAUUUCAGUGACAUUAAAAAGUAGGAGACAUAUGCAAUCAAAGUUCUCCAGAAUGCAGAAACACUCUUCAUAACCAGGGAAGUAGCCAAAUCCUACGGGCUAAUAGCUCAGCUGCAGGGACUAAAGAUUGUGAAUUGGUGACAAGUAUGCACAGUAACUCUCUAAUGAUUGUCGCCUAAACACUUGUGGCAUACUUGUGAGUGACAUGACAGCAUCUUCCUGGCUGUAUGCGACCUGUUUCCAUGAUGUAUUGAAUACUGUUGUUCGUGAGCCUUGAUGCCUGUAACACCAAUAAACCCAUUUUUGAAUAUGUUUCCUCUCUUUAAAUGACCUUGCCCUGUCCAAUAAAUAAGUGAUUGUCUCACCUUG